UAACAGUGGACACGUUUCGCGACCCGAGCUGUGUAGCUUUUUUUUGGUUUUGUUAAUUCAUUAAUUUCUGUUUCAGUUGUCAGACAACACGCGCGGCAAACAGAUCGAAGAACCUCAACGAUGAGUAAAGGAGCAGAUGAAUAUGAAAUUACGCUGCCGCUGGGCAAGAUCAAGGGCGUGAAGCGUGAAACUCUGUACGAUGAUUCGUACUACAGCUACGAGCGUGUGCCCUUUGCCAAGCCACCGAUUGGAGAGCUGCGUUUCAGGGCGCCCGUGCCCGUAGAGCCAUGGAGCGGUGUGCUGGACUGCAGCCACUAUGCGGAGAAGCCGGUGCAGAAUAAUUUUAUGACACAAGUGCUCAGUGGCGACGAGGACUGCCUGUACCUGAAUGUCUAUGCCAAGCAGCUGAAAAGCGAGAAACCUUUGCCGGUCAUGGUGUACAUUUAUGGCGGGGCCUUCACUAUUGGCGAGGCCACACGCGAGCUGUAUGGUCCUGAUUAUUUUAUGGCCAAAGAUGUUGUCUUGGUGACAUUUAAUUAUCGUGUGGACUGUUUGGGCUUUCUCUCUCUCACGGAUCCCAGUCUCAAAGUUCCAGGCAAUGCAGGACUCAAGGAUAUGGUGCUGGCUCUGCGAUGGGUCAAGCAAUACAUUUCCCACUUCAAUGGCGAUGCCGAAAACAUAACAUUAUUCGGCGAGAGUGCAGGCGGUUGCUCCACCCACUUCAUGAUGUGCACAGAGCAGACACGGGGACUCUACCACAAGGCCAUACCCAUGUCGGGUACAGUUCACAACUACUGGGCGAACACCCCAAGGUCAGACUUUGCCUACCGCUUGGCCAAACAUCAUGGCUACACGGGAGAGAAUGUGGAUGCUCAGGUGCUCAAACAUUUACGCGGAGUGCCGGCACAGGAGCUGGUUCGCCACAGUUUGAUUACGCCAGAGGAUCGCCGGAAUGGCAUGCUGUUUCCGUUUGGACCCACGAUAGAGUCGUAUGUGGGUGAGGAUUGUGUGGUGCCCAAAUCCCCAUUGGAAAUGGCUCGCGAGGCAUGGACUAACGAGCUGCCUGCCAUGCUGGGUGGCACAUCGUUCGAGGGUCUCUUCAUGUACCCCGCUGUGUCGGCCAAUCUCAAGGCCUUGGACACCUUAAGCGAGGAUCCCCUGAAAAUGGUGCCACAUGAUGUGCGUUUGAUAAGUACGGAGCAGGAGAGUCUUGAGUACAGUCAGAGGAUGUUCAAGAUUACUUUUGGCGAUGCUAAACCCAGUUCUGAACUGUUUAUGAAUAUGCUAGAUUAUUAUUCAUAUAAGAUCUUCUGGCAUGGCGUGAAUCGCACAUUGCAGGCCAGACUCGCCUACGCCAGUGCACCCACAUAUUUCUAUCGCUUUGAUUUUGAUUCCCCCGACUUUAAUUUCUUGCGUAAAAAAUUCUGUGGCGACAAUAUCAAGAAAGGCGUUGCCCAUGCCGAUGAGCUGGGGUAUUUGUUCCGUUACUCUGAAGCUUGGAAACUGGAGAAAUCCUCAGCGGAAUAUCGCACCAUUCAGAGAAUGGUUGGCAUGUGGACUGCCUUUGCAGCUAACUCCAAUCCCAAUUGUUCCGAAAUUAGCGAAGUGGAUUGGCAGCCAUCGCAAAAGUCCGAUCCCAAGCGUGUGAUCAACAUAAGCGACGAUGUGAAGAUUGUGGACCUGCCGGAAUACGAGAAACUUCAAGUGUGGGAUAGCAUCUACAAGCCAGAGAAUUUGAUUUAAUGAUUCAUUGUAUCCAAGUAAAGUUCUAUGGAUCCGUAGCCACAUGGGACAAUUCGAUGUAAACUAGUUUAAAAAUGUGCUAAAAACUGUUAUAAAUUUCUGUAUAAUUUUCUGCAUGUAAAAGAUCGAUUUGGUCACACUUUAACUGCGUCAUGCGGUAUGUGUUUGUGCCGGGAAACAUUUCUUUCCACUCUAACAAAUUUAAAAUCUAUUUUAUCAAUAGAUGUACCGAAAAUUAUACAUCUAGUACUCUUUCCAACUCAA